AUGACGGACAUUCAGAAAGGACCAGAUGGCACAAGUCGAGAAAGCAUUCGCCAUGGCGAAGUCCAACAUGCGAGUGCUGGAUCCAACCAUGAGCUUCAGAGGCGCCUCAAAUCCCGUCAUGUUACUAUGAUCGCGCUGGGUGGCUCAUUGGGCACGGGCCUCCUCGUGGGGACAGGAGCUGGCCUGGUCAAGGCUGGGCCGGGUGGCCUCUUUAUCGACUAUACAGUCAUCGGAUGCGUCGUAUUCCUCGUCAUGUCUGCUCUCGGGGAAAUGGCAUCCUUCGUCGCUCUUCCACAUGGCUUCGGAGGAUAUGCAUCUCGAUUCACAGACCCGGCGCUCGGAUUCGCGACUGGGUAUGUCUAUUUGUUCAAGUACCUACUCGCCACGCCAAACCAGCUCGCCGCAGCAUCUCUGAUCAUGAAGUACUGGACCGGCGAUCGCGUCAACCCCGCAGUUUAUAUAACCGUAAUUCUGGUGGUGAUUGCUUUGAUAAACUACGGGAGCGUAGCGAAAUUCGGCGAAUUCGAGUUCUGGCUCUCGUCGGUCAAGGUUGUCGUCAUCUGCGGUGUCAUCCUGCUUCUGCUCAUCAUUGCCCUAGGCGGCGGCCCGACGCACGACCGGACAGGAUUUCGAUACUGGAACGACCCGGGAGCUUUUGUGGAGUACAAGACAUCUGGCGAUCUCGGAAAAUUCGUGGGCGUGUGGAGCGGUAUGGUUUCCGCCCUUUAUGCAUUUUCGGGGACUGAACUUGUCGGCAUAACCGUCGGCGAGGCGCAAAACCCUCGAGUGGUGAUGCCGAAAGCAAUCAAAAUGACCUUCUACCGGAUCCUCUUCUUCUACAUCUUCUCCAUCCUCGUCCUCGGAAUGGUCGUCCCAUACAACAGUGAAGACCUCGCCUUCGCUACGAAGUCGUCAACGAGUGCAGCCGCCUCUCCAUUUGUGGUGGCCAUCAAGAUUGCCAAGAUCCAAGGUCUUGAUCAUGUCAUCAAUGCCUGCUUGAUGAUAUUUGCAUUUUCUGCAGCAAAUUCAGAUCUUUACACUGCAGUAAGAACACUUUACGGAAUCUCCCGCGACGGCAAAGCGCCCCGAGUCUUCUCCAUCACCAACAAAUCCGGUGUACCGAUCGUCGCUCUCGCCACGGCCUUAGCGUUUUGCCUGCUCGCCUACAUGAGCGUCAGGUCCGGCGCGAAGACAGUCUUCGGCUACCUAACCAACGUCGUGACGGUCUUCAGCGCCCUAACCUGGAUCGGCAUCCUCGUCUCCCACAUCUCCUUCCGCCGCGCCGUCGUCGCCCAACGCAUCGGGCCCGAGCACCUCGCCUACAUCGCGCCCUUCCGACACUACGGGUCCUACGUCGGCAUCUACUUCCUCGUCCUGCUCAUCCUAACGAAAGGGCUGGAAGCCUUCAUCGGCGGCUUUGACUACAAAACGUUCAUCGUGCAGUACAUCGGCAUCCCCGUGUACCUGGUCUGCAUCUUCGGCUACAAGCUGUGGUACCGCACCGAGACGAUUCCGGCGUCGCAGGUUGACCUCGUCACGGGCGUCGCGACGGAGACGGUGGCGGAGGAGAAGGCGAGGCUAGCCGUGGAGCGGAAGGAGGCGGAGGUGGGGCAGGGGCCGGCGCGCAGGAUGCUCGGGAAGGUGUAUAGGGAUGCCGCCCCCUUCCGCGUUUUCGAGCCCCUCGAGGUCUUCAGGGAUGAGGGUGUCGAGUCCGUCUGCCCAGGCCAGUAG